UUACUGAAUGAGGUGAUUCGACCGUUGCGACGAAGCGAUAAGAGUGGAGGAUGGAAUGUGUUGGUGGUGGAUCGUUUGGCGAUGAGGAUGCUGAGUGCUUGUUGUAAGAUGCACGAUAUCAUGGACGAAGGCAUCACCAUCGUCGAGGACAUCAACAAACGCAGAGAACCUCUCACGAGUCUGGAUGCAAUCUACUUGGUGGCACCGACGAAAGAUUCAAUUGAAAAAUUGAUCGCUGAUUUUGCACAUGGUCGUAAUCAGUACAAAUGUGCUCAUGUCUUCUUUACUGAAGCGUGUCCGGAUCAAUUAUUUUCGACGUUGACGAAGAGUGCGAUUGCAAAAUACAUCAAAACAUUGAAAGAAAUCAACAUCGCCUUCACUCCUUACGAAUCUCAGGUGGGUUGCAUCAUAUUGUUUAUAUGA